AUGGAAUACCUGAGCCGUCUUUCGAGCUUGGUAUCCACUCCUGCCAAAGCAGCUGCUGGGAUCACCGGCUCGCCUCGCCUGCGGAAGAAGCCCUCGCUUCAUCCCGUUGGUAGCGUCGAUGUCUUUCACGCCGACUGGCUUGCCGUCCAAGCCGAACUCGAAAACCCUGACGAACGAGCACUCUUUUUUGGCGUAGCGCGAUCCGACCUUCCACGUCGCUUGCAGCGCAUCAUCGAUGCACUCGUCUUUGAAAGUAAUCGCAGCAAUGAUGGUCACACAGGGCCUUGCAUGGAGUACUUGCUCAAAUACGACAUUCUCACAGAGCUCGUCCACCUCUCGGUAGACAAUCGACCCAAGGGUAUCCGCGGCGAAACCAUCCGUGCGCUCAAAGAUCUCAUUAUCCUUCUCGAUGAGAAGUUCCUCUCUCGACAAGCGGCCAACAAGCCCAUCUCUCAACUCAUCCAGUUGUGUCUCGAUGAAGAUUCGGUACGAUUUCAGCUCGAUGACGACUCGUUUGAUGCAAUCGCUUCCAACGCCCCUCCCUCUGCCGCCGAAGACCCCGACCAUGAGGAGGACCUCGUCGAUCUUAUGUGCCACAUUGCCAGCCGCAUCCGUAACACGCCAGACCUACUUCAAAUCUUCUUUACAGACGAGCCUGUCGACGAUCUAGACAGCCCUCAAGGCGCACGCAGCCUCAAGGAUGGCUCCAUAAUUGUCAGUCGCAGUGUGUUCGAUGAUUUGUCCGUCGGAAGCCUCGACAGCAAGGAUCUCUACCAUGCUCAUACACCCUCAGAGCUUGACAGCACCCAUCAGCGGCCACCUUCACCUGCCAAUUCCGUCGACUCUACCGCCACCAUUCAGCCGUCCACGGCCUAUGCAUCCCGAAAGCUGUCCAAACGAAGAUUACGAUUCCCUCUCUUCUCAUACCUACUGAAGUUUGUUCACCGCGAAGGUCGCAUCGGCGAGCUAGCACGAGCCGGUUUGCUCUUUCUCAUUUCGCUAGAAGGCGGUCAUUCCUCCAAGAGAAGCAUCUCGCCAGGCAAAACAGCAAAGCGAGUCUCUUUCGGGACGGAUGACAUCCGACGAUCGCUAGCUGUCUUUAUCGCACACUCGGACUUUGCAGAUGUCCUCGGUGCUGGCUUGGGUGCUGCCUAUGGCCUGCUGCCAUCACGCAUUCGACCCGUGCCACGAUAUGAUCCCACUGAGAUCGAGAAUGGUACGUCUUCGGGUAAAAGCAGUCGUGCUGCCAUCACGUUGGCGAGCAGCUCUGCAUCCCAAGCUGCAGCUGAAAAGGGCACCUCUGAAGCCUUGGCAACCGCAACAAGAAGUGACGAUGCCGAGCUCCAAGCGCAGUUGCGCUUGCUCGUCGACCUGGUUGAAUUUUGUCAAGACGUGCUUGACUCUCUGUGGCUUGCUUCCAAGCAUCUCACUGACACAGCCAGCGCUUCGAACCAUUUGGACGGAAAGAUCAUCGAGACAGUAUCUCCACCGCCGACCAUGACACCGACUCUCGACCCGAUGGUCCGCAAACUCGCAGGCGCCAUCGCUAUCGCUAUCCGGGACACUUUUAUCCGCAAUGUCGUCUACCCAUCUUUGAUGGAGAGCAGUGACUUUGAUGGCAGUUCUGCAGCUGUUCUCAACUAUCUCGAUGUUCUUAUCAUCGUGUUGCGAAGUGGACACAUCUUGACGGAUGUCGCGCUUGACUUUUUGCUUCCGGCCGAUCUCGAUGAACCUCGCGACAUCGGGUACGAUUUUCAGCUGAAUGUACCGGUUGUUAAUUCGGAUCGAUACAGCGUCAAAGACCUCAUCAUGGACUGUUUGGAAGACACAAAGAGCCCUGCAACGCGAGUGGCAGCGUUAAGGCUUGCAAGAAGUCUGAUGGUCUGCCAUGGUUUUCGCGCCUGUGGUGGUUUGCUGCAGCUACCGCCACGUAAGACCGUUACCAAUGUCUCAACGGAUGACUGGCUCCCUAGGAGUCCGGUUGUUGAAGCAGCAGAUGAGCUCCCAGCCGGCAGCAAGGUCGAACUGCACUUGCGCGAGAUCGAUGCGCUCUCUGCCCUCCUCGUUUCGUUUGGAUCGACCAACAGCAAUGCAGACCUACAGGCUUCGCUGAGCAACUACCUUCUUGACGCCGAACAAGCUCUGCGCAGAGACAGCACCUUUCUGGUGGCUCUCGAAGUUGGCGGCGGCCAAAUUCCGUUGGUGCAAAGCGACGUCUUUGUACAGCAGCUCUUUGCAGGUCUCGCUUGGUUCUUUUCUCAGCCUGUUGAGGUCAAUCUGGCGGCCAGCGGGGUGCUCUCGUCAAUGGCUUCCUCGCCAAUAAGGAGCCUGGAGGGCUGGUUGACACACGCAACAGCAACUGAUCGGGAGAGAGAAGAGCCCGGACUGGUACAGUUGCUCAGAGGGUUAGUUGAGCAGGUUGAGGCAUACCGCGCCUGUGUGCCGGAGUUCGACAGAUACCUAGCGGAGAGACGGGGAAGUCUCGUGCUGACCGAUGAUCUUUCAGCCGCGCUCAGUAUUGAAGCCAGAGGGGAGGAGGAAGAUGGAUCAGAAGAAUCCCAGUCACUGGAAGCUUGCUUAACACUUCCGCGCUUACCCAGACACAGAAGCUCGGGAAGCAGUCGUUUGCAAACAAGCGAGACCAUUCGAGCAGCAGAACGAGACUUUGGGAUCAAGGAAGACAACCGUUUUUCUCUUCCUGCUCUGUCUCCGUCUGUUCCUACGAUCACCCUACCUGCCGCGCAAGAAGAACCCGCAUCGAUCGGCCGCAGCAGCGCGCUCGCGCGACUUUUCGGUGGCCGCCCCACACGCACAUCCUCAAACCUCGGCAAAGCGUUGGCGCCACCCUCGUCUGACACGCAGACGAGCGAGAAUCGACCUGGUGUAGACCGAAAAGUCUCGGCUUCGACCAUCAACCCUUAUGCAGAGCACUUCCGCGAAACUGCCGCUGUGCUGAUCAAGACGCAACCUGCGGUAGGAGGCGAAGCGUGGAGACCCGCCGUGACGGCAAGUGGAAGUAGGGAAGUACGAACAGUGACGCUUUCGAGCGUGUUGGACAAUACGAUACUGUUGGAGGAGAUGAUCAAGGAGUUGUUGGCCACGGUGCAGGUGAGGAGAAGUUGGGGUGUGGACUCGGUUGCUUUUGUGUAG